AUGGGAAGAAUGUGAAUGAGGCUCACCCCCACCCAGUGUCACCAGCCUGGCGCCUCUGUGAGAAAGUCCCACAGCAAGAGGCCCUGGGGCAUUAUCAUUUUCCUCUUUCACCCUGUCUGGGUUGUCAGCGAAUCCCAAGGGCUCUCUGAGCCUGGAGCCUUCCUUGGUCAGGUCCCUCCAGCCGCUUCAAGGAUGAACUCCUGCAUCAUCAUCGUGAUGAGGCUGCUGCUGUCUGGGCCUUUUUUCUUUGCGCCGGCCUUAGGCUACAACCUGGAAGUGCGGCACGUGCACAACUUCUCCUUCCCUCACGCCGGGAGGCAUUUUGGGUACCGCGUUCUGCAGGUCGGAGACUGGGUUGUCGUGGGAGCUCCAGGUGAGGGGAACAGCACAGGAAACCUCUACCAGUGCCAGCCAGACACUGGCCACUGUGCACCAGUCAGCCUGCAUGGUUCCAACUAUACCUCCAAGUACUUGGGAAUGACCCUGGCGACAGACUCCACAAAGGGAAGCCUUUUGGCCUGUGACCCUGGGCUGUCUCGGACCUGUGACCAGAAUGUCUAUCUAAGUGGCUUGUGUUACCUUUUCCCCCAGAAUCUGAGGGGUCCUGUGCUGCACAGGCACCCUGGCUAUCAGGAGUGUAUAAAGGGCAACGUAGACUUGGUAUUUCUGUUUGAUGGUUCAAUGAGCCUGCAGGACGAUGAAUUUCAGAAAAUUCUGGACUUCAUGAAGGAUGUGAUGAGGAAACUCAGCAACUCUUCCUACCAGUUUGCUGCAGUUCAGUUUUCCACAGAAUUCAAAACAGAAUUUGAUUUCUUGGAUUACGUGAGGGUGAAGAACCCCGAUGUCCUGCUGAGCAAAGUACAACACAUGCGGCUGUUGACCAAUACCUUUCAUGCCAUCAAUUAUGUCACGAAAGAGGUGUUCCGGCAAGACCGGGGGGCCCGGCCAGAUGCCACCAAAGUGCUUAUCAUCAUCACUGACGGGGAAGCCACUGACCAAGAAGACAACCUUGAGUCAGCCAAAGACAUUGUCCGCUACAUCAUUGGGAUUGGAAAGCAUUUUCAAACCCGGGAAAGUCAGGAAACGCUGCACAAAUUUGCCUCAAAACCCGCAAAGGAGUUUGUAAAGAUUCUGGACACGUUUGAGAAGCUUAAAGAUCUGUUCACUGAGCUGCAAAAGAAGAUCUAUGUCAUUGAGGGCACAAGCAAACAGGACCUGACAUCCUUCGACAUGGAGCUGUCCUCCAGUGGGAUCAGCGCUGACCUCAGCCAGGGUCACAGUGUUGUGGGGGCAGUCGGAGCCAAGGACUGGGCUGGGGGCUUUCUAGACCUGGAUGCCAACCUGCAGGAUGAUACAUUUGUUGGGAAUGAACCACUGACACCAGAAGCAAGAGCAGGAUAUUUAGGUUACACUGUGACCUGGCUGCCCUCCAGAACCUUCACAUCCACAUCGCUGCUGGCGGCUGGAGCCCCCCGAUACCAGCAUGUGGGCCGGGUGCUGCUGUUCCAGGAGCCAAGGGGCAGAGGACCCUGGAGUCAGGUCCAGAAAAUAGAUGGGGUCCAGAUUGGCUCGUAUUUCGGUGGUGAGCUGUGUGGCGUCGACCUGGAUCAAGAUGGGGAGACAGAGCUGCUGCUGAUUGGAGCCCCCCUGUUCUAUGGGGGGCAGAGGGGAGGCAGGGUGUUCGUCUACCGGAGAAAACAGCUGGGGUUCCAAGUGGUCUCAGAACUGCAGGGGGAUCCUGGCUACCCGCUUGGGCAAUUUGGAGCUGCCAUCGCGGCCCUGAUGGACAUCAACGGGGAUGAGCUGGCGGACGUGGCCGUGGGGGCCCCUCUGGAGGGGCAGGGAGCUGUAUACAUCUUCAACGGGCAGCAUGGUGGGCUGAGCCCCCAGCCGAGCCAGAGGAUAGAAGGGACCCAGGUGUUCUCAGGAAUUCGAUGGUUUGGACGCUCCAUUCAUGGGGUGAGAGACCUCGGAGGAGAUGGCCUGACAGAUGUGGCUGUGGGAGCAGAAGGGCAGGUGAUUGUGCUCAGCUCCCGGCCUGUAGUGGAUGUCCUCACUCUGAUGUCCGUCUCCCCGGCUGAGAUCCCAGUGCAUGAAGUGGAAUGCUCCUAUUCAACCAGUAUCAGGAAGAAAGAAGGAGUUAACAUCACAGUCUGUUUCCAGAUCAAGCCUAUUACCCAGCGAUUUCAAGGGCACCUGGUUUCCACCCUCACGUACACUCUGCAGCUGGAUGGCCAUCGGACCAGAAGCCGGGGGCUGUUCACAGGUGGUAGACGUGAACUCAGCGGGGACGUGGAGGUCACCCAAGACAAGUCCUGCGUCAAGUUCUGGUUCCACUUCCCGGUGUGCAUUCAAGACCUCAUCUCUCCCAUCAACGUCUCCCUAAAUUUCUCUCUCUUGGAAGAAGAAGGGACACCGAGGAACCAAAGGGUGCGGGGCGAGGACAUUCAGCCCAUCCUGAGACCCUUACCGCACGUGGAGACCAAGGAGAUCCCUUUUGAGAAGAACUGCGGGGAGGACAAGGAGUGCGAGGCAAACCUGAGGCUGUCCUUCUCGCCUGCAGAAUCCGGAGACCUGCGCCUGACCCCGUCUGCCAGCCUCUCCGUGGGGCUGACACUGAGCAACUUUCGAGAAGAUGCUUACUGGGUCCAGCUCAGCCUGAGCUUCCCCCAGGGGCUCUCCUUCCGCAAAGUGGAGCUGUUAGAGCCCCACAUCCAGAUACCUGUGAGCUGCGAGGAGCUUUCCGAGGAAUCCAAGCUUCCCACCAGGACCCUCGCUUGCAACGUGAGCUCUCCGAUCUUUAAAUCGGGCAGUUUGGUUGCCAUCCAGGUGAUGUUCCACACGCUGCUGAACAGCUCCUGGGGGGACUGGGUCGAGCUGCACGCCAAUGUGAGCUGUGACAAUGAGAAACCAGACCUCUUGGAGGACAACUCUGCCACCACCAGCAUCCCGGUCCUGUACCCCAUCAACAUCCUCACCAAGGACAAGGAAAACUCCACACUGUAUGUCAGCUUCACCCCCAAGGGUCCCAAGGUCCACCACGUCAAACACAUCUACCAGGUAAGGAUUGAGCCUUCUGUCUACGACCACAACGUGCCCCCACUGGAGGCCUUGAUUGGGGUGCCAGGGCCACAUGUCUCGGGGUCCAUCAUACACAAGUGGAGUGUGCAGAUGGAUCCUCCUGUGACCUGCCACCAUGAGGAUGUGGAGAGGCUGCCCAGUACGACUGAGCCUUGUUUGCCCGGAGCCAAGUUCCGCUGCCCACUUGUGUUCAAGCAGGAGAUCCUCGUCCAAGUGACCGGGACCGUGGAGCUGGUGGGGGAGAUCAAGGCGCCCUCCAUGCUCAGCCUCUGCAGCUCCCUCUCCGUCUCCUUCAACAGCAGCAAGCAUUUCCACCUGUAUGGGAGCAAUGCCUCCCAGGCCCAGGUCAUCAUGAAGGUUGACAUUGUAUAUGAGAAGGACAUGCUCUACGUCUACGUGCUGAGCAGCACUGGGGGGCUGUUGUUGUUCCUGGUGAUUUUCGGGGUGCUCUACAAGCUCGGCUUCUUCAAACGGAACCUCAAGGAGAAGAUGGAAGCCACUGGAGACGCUUCAAAUGGAAUCGCUGGAGAACAGUCUGGGCAGCCAGAGCCCAAGGAAGAGGGUGGGGAUCCCGGCUGCCUGGAGCCGCUCCAGGAGGAGGCGGCCCAGGAUGGAAAUGACAAAGACUGAGGCCCAGGCCCGAUGCAGAGGACCCAGGACUGGACUGAAGGUGCUUCGAACCAUUCUGCCUCAACCUUCGUUUCACUGUGUGUCUUUGGGCAAGUUUCUGCCCCCACCUGGGCCCCAGUGUCACUGUCUUGUACAUGGAGCUCACUCCUGCCCGCCUGCUUUGCAGGUUCAUGGCAAGGCUCCAUGAGGGAUGGGCCAGGAAGGCUAUGGAGGUGAGGCCUUGUAAUUAUCAGCUGGUCCUGGCUUCCCCCAGCCCUUCUUAGUAUCCUCCCCUGGAAGAGACUGUCUGAUCUAAAUUUGGAAAAACUGUCAUCUCAGGACCUAGUGACAUUCCCACUCUCACACCCAUCUGCCCUUGGGCGUCCCCAGAGGCUCAGACUCCCAGAACCUCAUCCUUCACUCUCUCCUGCCCAGAGUCCAGUUCAGCCUUCCGUUCUGCUGCCAGAGAGCAAAUCAAUCUGUGUCACUACAUUGGUGCUGCAAACCCUUUGGCUAAAGACCGAGUUCCCUAAUACGCCUUCCACAGUCUGCGGGACAGCCUCAACAUGCCAACGCAGAAUCGGGCCCCUGUUGCCUUCCUGGCCUCCUCCCCAGACUCUCCACCUCUCUUUCUAGGCUCCGAUUACACUGGCCUUUCUGGCUAGCCAAGCUCCUUCCUGUCUCACUGCCUUCACCCAGACUGCUCCCUCUGCCUGGAACAUUCCACCCCAGCCCUUUUCCUGGCUGACUCUCCCAGCUCACGCACGUAUAACUGCCUCAGGACCGCCCCCAACCCCAACCCAAGUGGGUUCCCGUGUUCCACUUGCCCCUCAUCGUACAGAUCAGAUUGUUACUUAAUAUUUGUCUCUCAAAUUAAACAUCAAACUCCGCGAGAGUAGGGACCCUACCUGUCAUGUUCACCUUAGGAUCCCUUGGUGACAUCACAGAGCCAGACACAGUAGGUGCUUGACAUGGUUUCACUGAACCUAGUGAGGGUGCCUGUUGAAAGGGUGGGUGGGCCCGUGGCAUCUCCACCCUUCAAGGUCUUCCCCAGGCGCCUGCCUCCUUGCUCCACAGCCCCCCUCAGGACUCAUCACACCCCCACUGCCGCGGCCCCCACUGGGAGGCUGCGCGCUCAAGCCGGCGGGCCGUGUCUGUGCACCCGGCCUGCGUGUGUGUGCCCAGUACAUGUGAGAAUCUGUCCAGUUUGUGAUGUUCCCAUGCCGGUGCCACAUUCUGGCCUGGCUCAAUUAGAUGGACAUUUCCUUCACAAACCUUUCUCUAAGGGAGACCCAAACAGUCAGCUCUUUGCUUUUUGCUUUUCUCUUUUCUUUCUUUUCUUUUCUCUUCUCUUCUUUUCUUUUGUCUUUUCUUUCCUUCUCUUUUCGUUUCUUCUCUUCUCAUUAGUUAUGCCAACCCUCAGAGACUGACCUGCAUGACGCACUGACAUUUAAGUGUGAGAACAGACCCUCCGUGGCUUUUUUUUUUUUAAGCAACAAUUGGUAGGGCCUGACCCUGAGGCCCUCGGCGUUAGGAGAGAUGGGGGCUCACCACUGCCCCCCUCUGUGGUCAGUAGGAUGGGGGUCGGGGGAUGGAGUAAUUCUCAGGCCAGCUCCGGGUCCAGCACUGGGAGCUGAAAAGCAACAUUUGGCCUCCCAAGCGGUGCCCUUCGAUGGCUCCCUUCCGCCUGCAGGGGAGUAAGCGAACAUUCUUUCUCGAGCGCAUGAGGCCCAGAACAGUCUUUCAAAAGCCUGCCUGUCUCUUCAGCUUCAUCAGCACCCUUCUGGGCCAGCCCCAUGGCUCCUCAGAAGGAAGACCUGAGGAAGGAAGGUGCGAGGCCCAUUUCCCAGGGAAGGCAAGAAGAAGGAGAAGAAGAAGAAGAAGGAAUAUCACAGAACUGCUAAAAGGACAUCAAAUUAUCUCUAGGUCUCAUGACGUCUAUUAAUUCUUGCCGCAUUUCCUGAGAGCUUUGUGUCGGGCCCUGUGCUGUGCCCUGAGGGCGUGGUGAUGAAAAGCACAGAGAAGUCCCUGACCUCAGGACUCCGUGGCCCCACUGGGAAACUGGUUAUAAAGUAGAAAUGUGAUUCCAGAUGGUGAGGGUGUUGUGAAGAAAAUAAAGCAGGAUAGCAGGUUAGGUUAGAGAGUGAUGGAGAAGAUCCUCUUACCUCAGUGAUAGACACUCCGUGACACGUAAACAAAAAGUGAGUAUUUUCAUUCAGGCUGGAAACGAGAAAGUCUGGAAGGUCGGUGUCAGGAACAGCGCUGCCUUCAUCACACCCAGGAAUCUAUUUCCCAACGAGCUUCAGCCCCUGUUUUCAAAUACCUAUACGUCCUUCCCCGUCUCUGUGCCUUUGCACAUGCUGUUCCCCCUGCCCAGUUCACCUCUUCUCUAGCCUUUAAAAUCUUCCUGAUGAGCCUGGUUGGCUCAGUCGGUGGAGCAUGCGACUCUUCGUUUCGGUGUUGUGAAUUCGAACCCCCUGUUGCGUGUGGAGAUUACUUAAAAAUAAAAUAUUUUUUAAAAGUAAAAAAUAAAUAAAAUCUUCCUACUUCAAAGCA